UUAUUAUUUUAUAGCGCUAUUAAAAACACGAUCGAGACCCAACGAACCACAAAUAAUGAAAUAACAAAGUGAACAUUGCAGGACUGUAUUCGUAACAUGAAAGAAAUCUUUUUUCAAUGAUAUAUUUCAUAUUUAAUAAUAUUAUAAAUGCCAACAAUAGAUGUACCAAUAAUGAACGACUACUCUUCGUCCACGUUGACUGAAACCAGUAUAGAAUCUGGUCUGAACGAUACCGUAAGACUCUGUCUCCAUGGCGAAAUGGAAGCGGCGCGUCUAUGCUUCGAACCAGAUAUUCUCUAUUUCGGUGAACUUUAUGUCGGCGAGGACUCACAGCGUGUACUUCGUAUAUCGAAUCCAUUAAAAUUCGCAACAUUACUCUGUAGCUAUGUGCGUAACGCAUCAGCUCGUUGCUAUCCAGAAACUAUAAUGCUGAAACCGGGAGGAUCUAUAGAAGUCCUGUUGAAAGUUCGAGGAAAGGAGAAUGUUAAUUCGUCAUUCGAAGUUUACUUCGACACCGCAGCCGACUCGUGCGAAUCAACGAAAACUAGACGUCAAACGAAGAUAAAAGUAGGAAGGUAUGCUGUACAAUGUAGGGUGAACGUGAAACUGCUGACCACCGUGAAACGAUCAUGUUUAUCACGGGGGCGAAAUAUUUUCGAUGACUAUUGUAAAGGUACAUGGAAGCCCCUAACAGAUAAUAGAAAGACACCAUCGAUACAACCUCUUUCAAUAAAACCGAGAAUGAUAAAGCUGAAGAAAGGGAUCAUUGAAAUAAAAUGCAAGGACGACGAAGAAAUUAUACAAAAGGUUGCUCAUAUUCCUAAGUGGAAACAUAAAGAUGUAUCGGGAACAGUGAAGUGCCUCGCAUCUUCGGGCAAAAUGUUAUCGACUCUAACUGCUAGUACCGAAGUUCUAAUACCUCUUUCUCCUUUGCAAAUAUACAACGUACGCAUGUAUCCUACCUUAUUCGCUUUUGGAAUGGUUGUCCCAAGAAGUCGCAAUUACCAACAGCUGAUCGUCGAAAAUUUGAACGACUUUCCAGUCAUGAUUCGCCUCACGAGCUUGUCCUCCAACUGCAUUCAUUUCCCGAAGGGGAAUCUAAUUAUUUUGCCACCUGGUCUGCACGCCACGCGAUUAGUUGAAUUUCGAGCGCAUCAUAUCGGCAAAUUCAAUGGUUACAUUGAUUACGUUAUCAACAAUAAUCAUUCGUUCGAGCUUGGUGUCACUGCUAAUAUUGUUGAAAAACAGUUAUCAUUGGACUGUCGUGAAGUAAUGCUUGGCGAAGAUUUGGUCAAGGAAGAAAUCUAUCGGCCGAUGGAUUGUACUGUUCAGAUUAGGAAUAAGUUGGACGCGAAAACGAGCUUCCGAUGGGAAGUACCCGCAACGUGUUGCUUCUUCGUUGAACCAAUAUCGGGUGCAGUCCGUGGAAAUGCUUCGUUGUUCAGUUAUAUAUACUACAAGCCCGAUUUUACAAAGUUCAGUUCUACCGAAUUGAUAAUAAAAUGUGAAAACAGCAGUUACAGUACUGUACGUGUGAGCAUGCCAGUACAGACGCCCAAAGUUAACUUCAUCAAAGACCUCAUAAAUGUCGGUGACAUUCCAUUAAACCUACCGACAAAAACGGUCGCCGUUUUGAGGAAUUUUGAAUACAUCGAAAUUGAAUUCGAAGUUGAUACUUCGUCUUUGAUUCAUGGAUGCACUGUUAGUCCUCUUCACGGAGUAUUGGCACCUCGUGGAGUUGCCAUCUUCGAGAUUUAUUUGACAUUUAGCUUAUGCUUUCAUUUUACUCUGGUGAUUCGUGUAACGAUACAGAAGCAUGUAAACGUUCAGUUUAAAAUCACAGGCAACGUAACGUUCCCGCAAUUAAAAUUGCACCCGAACUCCAUUAACUUACGGCGAAUAAGUGCAUCCGCGUAUCAACAUUGCUUAAUCACCGCAUCAAAUAUUGGAAAUACUAUGUUAAAAUUGAGAUUUCUACUAAAUGAGUAUCCAGAAUUUCGUAUUUCAUUAUCCUCGCAGAGGCAAGAUCCAGGAAUAGGCAAUAAGGACACUAUGCUUGCACCAAACACUAGUCAAGAUUUUCAUCUUCAUUUCGAACCCAUCGACUUGGCUAGUUACGCAUUUUAUCUCCCAAUCAUCAUCAACGAUGUACUCGGCCCGGCAUUAAUGACGAAUCACAGAUCGUUUAAGCCUUCAGAAUAUUUGAAACAAUUCAAAAAUCAUUAUAUCGGCGUACCUAAUCUCAUUCUGCAAAAAUUGCCUCCUACCAUCGUGACGAUGCCGAUUGAUUGUACAGUCGCAGGACACUUGAUUUUCUUUAACAAACUGGUGUUCCAUUUCAACAUCCUAACGAACAACGUGUCAGACGAAUUUUGCAUAGAAAAUCGCGAAUCAGUGGAGGAGAAGAUCGUUCAAAUAGACAUCAGCAACUUCUCGAUUGCCUCGUGUCCGUUUUCGAUUCAAUGGUCAGCGGGAGAAAAACCGACUGUUAACUCGGACUGCAUUCGAUGUACGUUGCAAAAAGGGGAAAGGUGUAUGUUUUCGCUGUCGUUUCAGCCCAAGUCUCAAGGAAGUUAUUCCGUCGAAGCGCCAAUAUUCAUCCGCAAUGAAUCGAAUGGUGAGAUGUUUAAUAAAUUAUGCCUCAUCGGUGAAUAUCCUGCCAGCACUAUCAAGGCGGAAUUUUCGGAAAUAUUCUUUGUACCUGUGCCGUUAAAUACUUCGCUGGAAAAGAAGUUUCGAUUGUAUAUGCGACACUUCGAGAAAGACGUGGUUAUCUUGUCGAACAUUAUGCCACCUGAAUAUUCCAGUGGAAAAUAUACGGAAAACGUACUUCUUAUAAAUUUUAUCGACACAAAUAUCGUGCCUGCUUCCGAAUACUCAGAAUUGGAGGUGAAGAUGGUUUUCAAAAGCGAGGUGUCUGUUUCGUUGCGCGUGAUCGUUGAAUUCUUUGACAGCGAUGGAAUGGCUGUCUGCCCUGUAAUUGUUCAUGCUACAUCCGAAAACAAUUUGCUGACUACACACAUGUAUAUAAGAAACCCGGUCGUCGAUUUUCAAUGGUCACUGAGCAUCGAUAAAAGAGUAUCUCGAGCUUCCAAAACGUCUGACAGUUUCACCGACGACGAAGAAUACGAAGUAAACUCCUACAGGCCAAAACAAACGUCAGAACCAAGAAUAGGCAUUCUCACGUAUUUCGGUCGAAAGAGUAGAGUAUCGAUUGAAAAAUUGAUGGAAAGUAAGCUUAAAUUAGCGUUGCAUGAAUCGCAGGAGGUCCCAUACGAAAAAGAUAUUCUUAACAACGCCGAUAAAUUGGGGGAAGAUACGAAGAAAGGUCUAGCAGAAAUUCCAAAAGAAAAAUCAAAAGAAUCCACCCCAAGAUCCGAAUCAAAAGUCGAAGAUCUUCAAGAGGCAAUGCAGUAUCCCUUCUUUCCUUUUGAUGGCGAAAGCGAUGAGUUUGAAAUUUAUAUGAACCAAACACUAAAGGCCGCCGAAGAGUGGAUGCACAGUGGGCCCUUCAAGUUUAACUUUUAUGCUGACAUUUUGUGCAUUAAAAUGGCACUGUCCAAGUAUUAUUCAAAGAAACCAACAGACUUUAAAACUGCGACACGGAAAGGCUCGGAAUUAGGGUUCGUGAGCGUGCUCGAAUCGUUGAUAGGGCCGACAAUUUAUGAUUACAUUGGACAAUUCAAGGAACUGCCAGGAAAAGAUAUCGACAGGGUAAAUUACAUAUAUAAUCUUUACGACAAUAUUCUUCAGUUCUUGACGAAGUAUGGGGCUUACUUGUGCCACGUUCAACCACAAUUUUUACUCAAUUACGAGGAAUACAUCGUUCUUCUAGAAAGUUCACGUUCUAAAGCCCAUGCACGAAGAUCGGGGAUAGAGCUAUCGAUGCAAGAAAAAUUGUCACCGCUGAAGUUCGAAUGUCGUAGCAAACAAUGCUGGCUAGAUGUGAUCUUACAAACAUACAAAUGUUUCGUAUUACCGCUCGUUCCUGAAAACAAGGGUAAGGACGAAUCUUCGCCUUCGUUCACCCCGCAAUCUUCCAGACGAUCUACUAUUCAACGAGCAUCUGCAGCGCCUUCUAUAUCGAGCUUCCGCAAGCAAUACGAAACUCACAAUACGAUAAUUGGAAACAUCAGAACAGAAAUAUCGUUCAAGUCACCUGACAAUAAUUAUUCUUUUGAUGAAUCGUUCUUAUUGGAAUGGUUGCGUCGGCAUUACGAAGAGGUACGUAAACAAGAGUGGAUGAACGAUCGUCGCGUGGUUUUAAAUCCCGAUGAGAGUAAAGACGUGGCGGAGGCUCGAAACAUCGAGAAUUUCGACAGAGAUUUGUCGGAUUCUCUUGUCUUAAUUACUGUCACAGCUGCUUACUGUCCUUUUCUCACUGAGGAAGACUUGAAUGGAAUUUAUAUCCGUCCACGGAGUUACGAGGAGGCACUACACAAUGCUAUUUGCGUGACAAACGCGUGGAAGAAGAUACGACUUGGUUUUGUAAUUUCACCAUUGGAAAUCAUCUAUCCAAACUGCGUUAAAAUGUUGAUGUUGGUUAGAUAUUUAUUUAACAUACUGCCAACGUAUACCCCUAGGGCUAAGAUUAAAUUUAGCUGCCCCUUGACCGAGACUGUAACCAGGCAACUAAAUUUCACAAAUCCAACCGUACACAACGUCGGCUUCUUGCUAUUGUUUUUUGACAACGAUAAUGAAUUUUUUACAAUAGUUUCGUCACAACCGAUCAUCAAUCUUAACGGCCACGGUACUGCCAUAAUAAAGAUACAAUUCCACGCUAAGAAAAUAAAAGAGACUAAAGCUUAUUUACUGUUUUGUGGCUCGACGAUUGGUCCUCAUUUUAGCAAGAAUCAAAUGUUCAUUUUGGAGGGUCAAGCCGACUGCUUAGGAAUUGCGAAUGAAUAUACGAUAUGCAGCAAGCUGUACCAAGCAGUCGAAAAGACUCUAACUAUUAAUGUACCGUAUGAAAAUUCGACGGAAUACGAAAUUUGGGCGUCGGAAGAGCGACCAACUAAACCGAAUACUUUGAAACAGACGCGAUGGUCCGAGCUACGUUUAAGAAAGAUACCUCGGAGAUUAUUUUUAAAUCAAAAUUCAAUCGUAGUCAAAGAAGGUACUAAAACAGCUUAUCUAUCAGUCACAGUGGCGUGCCUCUCGCCUUCCCAUCGAAGCUUUUGGAUCAUUUUUCAAUCAAAGAUGGGCGACUUUAUUAUUCAAAUAAAUUCACAAUGGCAAACAUCACUAACCGAUAAUAUUGUCGUCGAAUGGGACGAACAAAUUGAAAAAUGCAUUUGCACGGAACAGGACUAUUAUAAUGAAAUGUGUCGCUUAAAUCUGACCGUGCCAAUACCGUCGAAAAAUAAACAACUUUGGAGUUGCGUUGCUUACAUGUUUCAAAAGACGCUGGAUCCGAAAGAACGACUGUUUUGGUCUCGAUAUUUAGAUACGCAAAUUGGAUUACGAUUGAUUCGAUGGUUAAUGGGAAAUAGUGCGGACUCUGCUGCUAUGGAGUUUAGUCAUAUAUUUGAUGCGACAGUGACUUAUAACGUGAUAAUAUCCGACACAUCUGAUAUUCUCCGAUUUCCCAAGAUGUUUACCAUAAACGACGUAAGGCCUUCUGCUGACAUUGUUCCAAUGAAGAUACACCUCUCGCCAUUCGUAGAUCAAUUAUGCCAAAUAACAAUGACGUUAGUCUCUGUUAACGGAAAUGAACGAAGAGUGUAUAAAGUCAGCUUCUUACGCGUAUAAAACUAUGCGGAGCUUCGUUUUUCUAUGUUUUCAUGUGUCACAGUGCCCUCUCUGUUUCUAUUAUAAUUAUUCGACGUUGCAUUCUAACGUGAACCGAAAUUUGUCAUGGUUUCAUGGAUACUAAAUAUCUACAUUGUAUCGUGGCUCUAAUUUUUUACCGAAAUGAAUAUAUUAUACCUCCUUAGUAUUGCAUAUUCAUAUCUUUUAAUGCAUUUUCUGUAUAAAGAGGAGAAAUAAAAAACGAUGUAUUACAAAACUGAAUUUUUAAUAAAUUAUUUCUCAUCUUGCAUAUUUUAUCACUUUAAAUUAUACAUGAGAAUUUUUGCUGAGUUGCGUCUAUAAUUAGUGACGUCCAUCAAAUCCAUGCAUUACAAAUACGUUCAACAUUAACUAGAUAUUCAUAUAUAAUUAUAUAUAAUAUACAUAUGUAUAACAUAUACUUAAAUUUUUAUAUAUAAUAACACAAACAUUAACUGAUUAAAUUAUAGAUUGUUUUUCCCGCGUCGGCAAUCGCUGCGGUCUUAUAAUAUUAUCAGCUUACAUUAUUAUAUUAUAUUUGAAAAGGAAGUUUACUUUCAAGUAGAUGCGAAUCGAAACAGAACAAAUUCCAAAAUCCCUACGAGUAUUCUGGAAAAGGAAAAGAUAGCUUUUUAAUUAUAAGAGUUAAUUAUAACUACAGAGUGAUAUAAUUUGCAAUUGAUAUUUGUUAUGUCAUACGUACUUGAUUAUCACGAGAGGGAGGUACAUAGUCCGCGGAACGCCGUUUGGUUCGUUUUAUUUUUACCGUUUCUCUUCUCUAUUCACGAGAAAAAUAUUUUAGAAGUUCUAUCAGUUUCAACCGACUUAAAUAUCAACAAUACGUAAUUUGUGGAUAAGAUUUCUUGAAAAAUCGUAGAAACCAUAUCGUGAGUUUACGUAAUUAGUAUAAUUGUAUUUAACGUUAGCCAAACAUCACAACUAUUAUAAGACAUUUUAAAUAGUAAUAUUUAUGAUAUGAAAGUCAAUAUGAUUAGGAAUGAUCAUUAUAAAUGAUUAAAAUUUCUUUGUUUACUGGUAAUGAUUAUCGAUAGCCCGAAUUUCAUUUUGGUUACUGAUUUUUCAUUACUGAUAACGUAUAUAUUCAUUAGCAAUGUAAAAAGGAAUUAAUUAUAAAACUUAUAUAUUUUCUUAAUCGAAAAGCGGUAUGAAAAUGUAUGCAACAAACAAUAGAAUAAAAGAUAUUGUUGUAUAAUACUAAUACAAAUGUUAAUAAAAAUAUUGUGCUAGGAUAUCUUUUAUCCUAUUAUUUUGUUUUAAAUAUUUUCAUACCGUUUUUUUGCGUAAUAAAAUAUAUAAGUUUUAUGAUUAAAUUCUUUAUGUUGUCAAUGAAUACUAAUUUUAUCAAUAAUAUUAAUAACAAUUGACAAUAGUCGAAUGUAACUAGAAAAUCCUUUUGUGGUCGAUAUCGGUUAACGGUAACUAAAAAAAAUUCCGGUCAUUUAUAUCGGUUAUGGACAAUUAAAAUUAAAUUUUCGUCAUCGAGAAUGGUUAUUAGUAGUCAAAAAUUCAUAUGGUUAUAAUGAUAAUCAGAAUGACUAAAAAUUAAUAUUUCUUAAUUAACUCAUUUUUUGAGAAAUUUCUCUGAAAUUUACUGGUAACUGGCUUCCAUUUAAAUAAACAUUAUAUUUAAAUAAUCUAGAUAAUUGAAAAAUAUUCAUUUUUAAUCGUUCUGAUUAAAAUCUUUCUACUCUCAGCUUAUCGUAAAUAAAAAAAAUGCUGAAUCGCGUGACUGCAAAAUAUUUCAACAAUUUGAUAGCGAUUGAUCGCUCCACAUAUCGUGAACUUCGACAGUUUGAACAAAGCUAUUACGAACGACAGAGUGAUGUAAAUACUACGAAUUUGAUGCGAUUCCACUGACACCUGGCAGAAAAAAAUAAAAUUCUUUGUUAACUUUGAUAUACUUUUUUAACAUAUUAGCGAUCAUUCUAUGGAAUGUAAAAAUUCGAAAUGUUGAACUUCCUCUUGCGCGAAGAAUUUACGGGAGAUAAUCGUUUGUGUAUCGUGAGACGCAACAAGUUACAUACUUCCGCAGUGCGGAAUUGCAAUUCACUCGAAACGCAUCAUUUCUGAAUUACAAUUGGAAAUCGCGAUACUCCGCGACAGAUACAGGUGAAACUGCGCAGCUACCUAUAACAGCGUGCGGAAAAGAAAAAAGAAAGAGAGAGACGCCUGGCAGAAAACAAAGAAAAAAUGGUUAGGGGUUAAAACGCACGUGACUUGAGACACCCCUGAAAGGGAUGGCUUAGGAAUGCAAGAUAGGUAAGUACGGUUCCAAGUUCAUAU